AUGAAUUUCAAGAUUGCGUCGGACCAAAUGGUCAAUGGUUUUACUCUGCAAGAGAAGACCUUUGCCAAAGACUACGCUGAAGCAGCGUAUCUCGAUGCGGACAGUCGUACGAGCGGCCAGGUUUAUCUCCGCUCUCCCGUCCAGCGCCUGAACGAGUCCCUGGCAGAGGCCAACCGUCUUGUCAAAGAUGCCAAUUUGAAUACCGCUCUUCGUCGACUUGUGGUGUACUGUGACACGCUAGAGAUACCCGAAAAUGUUGUCGUCGCUCAUGACGACCUAGCCAACGAUCUAGACCUUCGCAUUUUUGCCCGCAAGUUACAGUGCCUCGGCGAUGCUAAAAAUGCCCUUACAAUGAGUCUCUCGACCACUUCUAUUCUCGACAUCUUCACAUAUUCGUUGCCUGCUAGCUUUGGUGUCAACUUCAUUUCGACCGAUGGAUCCUCCAGAUCCAAGUCGCUUUCUAUAGACCGGGAUAAAUGGGGCAUCCAAGUGGUCUGUACGGGAGAAGACUUCUACACGGAACAAUUUGAACCCUCGAUGCUCGACAUGUCUACAGCAGACUACCUGGACCGUUUGAGACCCGAUGGAACGGUUGAAGCCGAAUCUUAUAUCAACGACAAUCUCCCACGACUUGUAUACUUUCAGUUUCUCGUUGCUGCUUCGAUCCUCCAUACAGAUCGUCAGCUUUCACUCGAGAUUCUCAACUGGGUGUGUAACCUUAGCGCAUCGCCGACUACAGUUAGUCUCAACAUUCAAGCCUCGUCGUUACGCAAUACCCUUAUUCUUUCGAAUACCCACAACAUCUUUAAUGUGCCGUCCGUCAACAUCUACGCCAGCAAGCAAGUGUUGAAGUCUCGACUCAUCGCGGCGAAGGCUUUCGAGGAUGCGUUCCGAAGUUUCGCGGCUCAGGACACCACCACAGGUAACUUCGCAGCUCUGACAGCCAAUAUGCUCGCACGCAGCGAGGAUGCCAUUACCGAAUACCAGUUUCUCGAGGCUUUGGCUCAAAAGGGGUACGAAGCGGCGGUGAACGCCAACAAUGUGGCCCAAAAGCGUUUCUUGGAGAACGAAAAGUCUCUCGACACGGCCCAGAAAGAUUUGAACGCUGGUAUCGAUGCAUGGGGCAAGAAAAAGGAGCAAGAAGCCGUGGUGGGCGUAUGCAAGGCCGUCGUAGACGUUUUCGGUGCGGUGGCCGCGACAGUCGCUACAGGAGGUCUUGCAGCUCCCUCAAUUGGCACCGCCAUCAAUUCAGGCGUGGGAGGAAUCAAGACGCUAUCUGAGAUCUUUAAAAAGCUAAAGCAGCUUUACGAGGAGAUCAAGCCUGUGAUUGAGUCUUUGACGAAGCUGGCUGGUGAGGUGGCCGGAGUUGUAGCGACUCUUGAGGCAGCAAAGAAACUUCGCGACGAGAUUGCAGUGCAGCGUCCUGAUAUGGACAUGGAUGUGUUCAACGCGACCGCCCUGUGGGACAUUUUUCGUGAGCAGGUCGAUGACAUGGAGAAAGCCAUUGCGAGUGUCGACUGUGACGGGAAGCGAGAAUACUUUCUCUCCCUCCGCAAAUUGGUUGUCAAUGGCAAGACCUAUCUGCAAACACAGGAAUACCUGUGCAGGCGUGGCGAUGAUCUUGCUGUCGUGCUCGUCAAGCUGCAGCGCCGCGACCAGGCCCGCCUCACUCUCUCUACUAGGACCCUGAUGCAGCAAGACGCCGUGCUCGACAUCUUGCGGCGUGCCAUGUUCGACCGUCUCUUGUCGAUUCGCUCUUUGAUUUUUCUUGACUUCCAGUCGUAUUCUGAGGCCUACAUGUUCCAUGCCCUCACACCUUAUUCCCCCAUCACUUUCUCGCCUGUUCAGCCAGUUGUCGAUUUCCUGGACGCUGCUGCCAAACUCCAGGGCAGCGUUGUCGCCUUUGGAUCACGCGUCCAGAUCCAGAACCGCCGUUUUGUCAUUCGCACACUUGGAAAUGCUACGGACGCAACGGAUUUGCGAGCGCAAUUCGGUGCCGGGCAAUCGGUUACGGUCUCGCUUCGCCCAGAUCAAAACAUCUUCAACGGCUUCAGCCGCAUCCGUGUCAGUCGUGUUCGAUGCUAUCUUGAUGGUGUGAAGACGGUUUACCCACCCACGGAGAUGGACACCUUGAGGUUGUAUCUCAAGACACCAGGCCGCUUUUCCGAUAUCGCGUUGCCUGGCGCCCGGACAGACAGGGUGUCAAAUUUCGUGGGAGAUGCCCGUGCUCUGCUAUUUGAGUACGUUCCUCUGGAUGGUUCGAUUGUUUGCGACGGAGAAUACAGUCAACAGAGGGACUGUACGCUUCAAACACCGCUGACCGAGUGGGAGGUUUGUAUUGCACCAGGUGGCCUUGAGGUGAAGGACCUUGACCUUGAAGAGUUGACAGGGUUGAGGAUGGAGUUUUGGUGUGAUGUGACCUUGGGCGAUUUGUGA